AUGCUCUUCUCUACCCUAUUGCUAUCUACCAAUGUUAAGGCUCUUCCGAUUCAAGAGGAUCAUCAUGCGAUUCCAGCAAUAAAUGUUCGGGACCUUCAGGGAUUGCAACGAGUUUCGGGAUCGCAAGUCUCUCCUGAUGGACAGUUUGCAGUCUAUUCUGUAAAGCAAUGGGACUCUAAAACUGGAAAGUCAACUUCAAACAUUGAUAUUGUACAUAUUACGUCUGGAGAGGUGAGAAGAUUGACCAACAAAUUUGGUGUCUCAGAUUACUCUCCAAAAUUUACUCCUGAUAGUCAGUUUGUGAUGUUUUUAAGCUCAGGAAGAGGAAGCACCAAUGGACUCCAAAUUUACUCAGUUCCAGUGAAAGGAAGCGAGUCACAAAUUUCACUCGUCUCGAAUUAUGAUGUACCUGUUGAGUCUUUCAAAGUGAGCAAGUCUUUGAAAGGUAAUUUAUUUUACAUUGCAUUCAGCGCUCAGGUAUAUUUGAGUUGUAAUGACAGACCCACUCUCUUGUCUUGUUCAAAGAAAAUGAAUGACGACUGGGAGAGUAAGGGCUCUAAUACAGGAUAUGUCUAUGACAAAUUGUUUGUAAGACAUUGGGAUACGUAUAUCAUUGAAGGAAAAGUGUCUCAUGUGUUUUUACAAAAAAUUGUAAUUGGAUCUGACUCUUUGAAACUUGUAGCAGAACCAUUUGAUACCAUGUUUGGAAUGAAUGCCAACUGUCCAAUUGGUCCAUUUGGAGGUGAUGAACAGUAUGACAUCUCUACAACUGGAGCUUACAUUGCUUUAAAUAUUGAAAUCAAUGAUCAUGCUGUCUCAUGGUCCACUGGUUGGAAAAUAUUUGUGACAACUGUCAACAACUGGUACUCUGAUGUGAACUCACCAAUUACUGCCAACGCCCUCAAGUCAAUUACAUCAUUUACAUCAGCUAGAACUCAAAAUCCAUUGUUUUCUCCAUUCCAAGAUGAACUUCUUUCAUAUCUGGCAAUGAAUACUCCAGGAUAUGAGAGUGACAAUCUUCACCUUAAUUUGUAUAACAUAUUGACAGAUAGAACCAAUGACACUGUUUUCAAUUUUGAUAGAUCUAUUAGUGAACAUAUUUGGCUUGAUUCUAAACGAGUAGUGAUUUCGUGUUCAAAUGAUGCAAUUCAUUCCUUAUAUUUGGUAGAUCUCUCUUCUGGUAUUCGUAGGACACUUACUGCUGAAGGUCACAGCGCAGCACUGCAAGUUGUAAUUCCUGGAGAAUCCAUUGUUUAUUCUUUGGAUAGUUUUGUUGCUCCAGUAGACUUGUAUUACAUGAAAAUCACAAAUGUGGAUCUUCCACUAAGCAGAAAACUCACCAACUAUAACCACGAAUUUUUGGCCAAGUAUCCUCUUGUGGUUCCUCGAAAAGACUACUUUAUUGGAGCUAAAGGGGAAAAAGUGCAAGCAUGGAUUUUCACACCUUUAAAUUUUGACCCUCGCAAGAAAUAUCCAACAGUCAAUAUUAUUCACGGCGGACCAGAAUCGGCUAUUGAGGAUGCAUGGUCUUACAGAUGGAAUCCUCAACUUUUUGUUUCUCAAGGUUAUGCUGCGAUCAUUAUUAAUUUCCACGGCUCUGAAGGAUUCGGUCUUGACUUUAAGAAGUCUAUUCUUGGUAAUUGGGGAAGCUAUCCUUACGAAGAUAUAACAAACGGAACUGACAUUCUGGCUUCCAGAUAUAGCUUUAUUGAUGCGAGUAGAAUUUGUGCAUUAGGAGCGUCAUACGGUGGAUUCUCAAUCAAUUGGCUACUUGGACACAACGAAAACGGAAGAUAUAAAUGUUUUGUAACCCAUGAUGGGUUAUCAGAACUGGUGUCUGCAUAUUAUAGUACUGACGAGCUCUGGUUUCCUGAGAUGGAAUUUCAAGGGGCCGAGUUUUCUCAUCCAGAAAAUUAUCAAAAAUUCAAUCCAAUUAAUUAUGUGACAAAGUGGAAAACUCCAACACUGGUAAUUCAUGGUGGUAAAGAUUUUAGAUUACCAAUUGCUCAAGGAUUAACUGUUUUCACAGCUCUUCAACGCCAAGGUGUACCUUCAAAAAUGAUUGUUUUUCCAGAAGAAAAUCACUGGGUUUUGAAGCCACAAAACAGUAUUUUGUGGUAUGAUACAGUAUUAGAUUGGAUUGGGCGAUGGAUUGGAAAUUGA